AUGACGGCCGACGCGGUUGCGGUUGCUUCUGGGACAGAGGUCGUCACCGAGGAAGGUGUAGAGAGCGAUGAUUUUGGUAGCUUUUCGGAUGCGUCGUUCACAAGCGACCUGGAGGAAGAUUACGAAGGAGUUACGAGAUAUUUAGACGAUUUGCUACCUAAUUGCGGAUAUUUGGCUCCGUCUGAUUCUCAACCAGCGGCGCUGGAACAGUUAUUGCAGGACGAGAGACCGCAUGUGAUCUACGAACAGUUGGUGGAGCUGCGAACAGCGCUGCAGCCUUUAAGCUGGGAUAAGUCUCAUCUCAAAGCCAACCUAUGGCAUAUUUUAAGGAUUCCCGAGGGUGAGCCCGCGGAAAAGCAGCCAUUGCGGGAGGUAUCUCUCGAUGAUUCGCUUUAUAAGCAAUUGAUGUCGUUGCUGAAAGAUAACAAUGUUCACGCAACCCAUCUGCUGCGAGAUCAGCUUAAAAUCAAUUACACUAGCCCGUUAACACCUUUAGCGGCGCGUGCGGAGGAGGAGAAAGAACAGGAGGGCACGAUACGGAGUUUGCUGGCAAAGACCGUUGACUCAUCAGACGACCUGACCGAAUAUCACGAUGCACUGUGCCGGGAAAUUGAUAUUCUGCUUGUCGAGCUACGACAGCUGAAUGAUCGACAGGCGGCUCUGAUGACAGAUAAAAGCACAUUUGAAAGCGUUAUCACAAAUCUCACAGGUCAUACUCAAAGGUUAUAUAGAGAUGAAGUUGCGCUGUACAACAAGAGGAUUAAGAAGAAAAGUAGGUUUAGAUGGCUAAAUAAGGUUUAA